GGUAGUCUGUCUGCUCUGCUUUGUUGUGUUGUAGAGUGGUCUGGUGGGUACCCUGCUCUUUUUCUUUCUCCGAAUUCGGGUAUUUUCGGACUGCGGCAGAAGAGGCCUGCAAGUCAAGUGCUGCUGAGAGACGACCAUCGAUCCGUCCGCAGUAGCAGCAGAAAGAAAGGCAAACACUCCUUUCGCUUUUAGAUUUUAGACGUCGGCUCGGUUUUUCGGAUUAGUUGACGCCGUGGUGUCUCUCUCUCUGCAACAACUACUCUCCAUCACCCAAGUAAGAAGCCAAGUAGUCAAGAGAAGAAGAGUUGGGGGAGAGAUAAGGAGAAGGAGGAGAAAUCAUGGCGACGGCGGGAGCAGGAGGAGGAAUGGCCUUCAGACAAGUAUUGACCCUCGCCUUUGUCGAAAAAGGGGAUCAAGUCCUGCUCGGAAUGAAAAAGAGGGGGUUCGGUCAUGGAAGGUGGAACGGAUUUGGGGGAAAAGUCGAGGCCGGAGAAAAUGUGAGGGAUGCGGCGGCAAGGGAGCUGAAUGAAGAAUGUGGGUUGACUGUGAGCUCCACUGAUCUCCAGCAGUUCGGCCUGAUCCACUUUCUCUAUCAGGGCAAUCCCCGCGUCCACGAGGUUCAUGUUUUUGGAACGAAAACUUUCUCCGGUGAACUGGUCGAGAGUGAGGAGAUGGCCCCCAAAUGGUGGGACAAGGCCGAUGUCCCGUACGACUUUAUGUGGCCGGAUGACAGGAUCUGGUACCCCCUCUUUUUCAAGGGGACAAGUUUCCGUGGGAUGUUCUUCUUUAACGAAGACUACGCCAAGAUAUCCGGAUAUCAAGUUACUUCCUGGGACGAGAAGGAUGUCUUCGCCUCCGAGAACUGGGACCCCGUCGCCAUGCCGGAUUUAUGGGAGAAGAUUAAAGCUCUCCCCGUCGUCACGAUGGGAGAAACAAUGGAACCGGAAGUAGUGGUGCCAGCGCCGUGAUGAAAGAAAGUGAACAAGCUGUGAUUCCAUGAGGUGCGAUCUCUCGAUAAGAUAAGAAUAAUACUCCAUUUUAAAUACUGCUGCCAAAAAGUUCCUUAAAAGAGUCAUUUGCACGAUUUGUACUUAUCAAAAUUAUAAGUAGUUUAUAAAUUUGUAAACUUGUAAAUUUGUAUAAUUUUGCACGACUUAUGUAAGUGCUUAUCAAAAAAUUAGAACAAUUUUCAACCUGCUUUUCCACCUCUUGUUAACAACUAUUAUUUUAUAAUUUGAUUCAAUAAAUUCUAUAUUUUAAUUUUUUGCGGA